AUGCCUCAGACUCGCUCGAGUGCUCGCGGCAAGGCUUCGGCGCAGUCCGACACAGCAGCGACGGCUUCGAGGGCGCAAGACGCUCAGACUGCGACGACCGCCUCGUCAUCUCGGCUGGCUUCGAACGUCGGCGCCUCGACCUCGCAGGGCACGAGGCAGGCAGGCGGAGAUGCUCGCAAGGAUGGGAAAAAGAAGCGAAAGUCGGGCGGGCGGAAGAAGCGGUCGAGGCGGAACGAGGACGACGAGGAUGCGGAUGCGAGUGGGGAGUCAAGUCGGCGGCCGGCGAAGCGCAAGAAGGGCAAGCGGCGCGUCAAAGUCGAGGAGUUGAGCGACUUCGAUGCCUUCUCCGGGAGCGACGAUGGAGGAGGACAGCCGCCGACCCCGCCGCCUAAGGACGCUCGCUGGCUCCCGCCGCCCGAACCCGUCGACCGCCUCACCGACCUCCCCCGCGAACUCCUCCAGCAAAUCCUCUCAUGCGUCCUACUCCCCUCCGAAGCUGGCGGCCAGGCCGACCGCCACUCGCUCGCGCGACUCGCACUGGCCAACCGCAAACUCGCCGUUCAGGUUCGCUCGGCGCUCUACCGCGAACUCGAUAUCGAUACAAGGGUACAGGCGCAUGCGAUUCAUCGCACGCUGCAUGGGCAGGUUAUGGCGCGGGGCGUCAAACGAUUGACUGCGAAUAUCGAGAAUAUGGUCAAGGCGAGCAGCUCGUGGCCUGGCUGGUUCACGUUCCACUCGAUGCACUCGCUCUGCGGCAUCCUCGGUUCCUGCCGGUACCUCCUCAGCGUCUCGCUCUACCUCAUCGCCGACACGACCGCCUGGAUGAACUCGCUAUGUCAAGCACUAAUCGACCUCCGCCUGCUUCAGGAAUUCAACAAGGACCUCGCGCCUUCUGGGAAGGGCGAGGCUGCAGGAGCCGGCAGCGAGGAAGGGAUGGACAUUGGCUGGAAACCGAGCGCCUCGCCAUCGAUGUUGUCGGUCAGCCAGUUCGUCAAACCCCUCUCGACGCUCAAGAGUCUGCGCACGCUGCGCUUGUGCGGCAUCUCGAGCGACUCGUCGACUCUCCCGCAUCCGCCGCUGCACUCGCUCAAGCUCACGGAAGUCGUCCUUGUGGAAGUCAACGUCACGAACUACGACCUCAUCCAAUUACUCGGCGACGCUCGCAGCGUCAAGAAGUUUACGCUCUGGCGCAGCUCGCUUCUGUCGAAGCGCGGGCUCAUACACGUUCUCAAGAAGUGUCCGGCUUUGGUUGAGCUGCGAGUUGGCGGAAGCUGGUUUGGCGCAAAGGCGGAAGACGACAAGCACUUCCCGCUGAACGAAUCGUUCCAGUACCUCCCGCACCUCAAGCUCGUCCACGUCUCGGGCUCGCUCAUCUCGCCCGCGGCGCUCGAGCUCCCCAACCUCUGCCUGAACCACCUCUUCGUCCACCGCGCGCCGUCCUGGACGCCCGCCGCAGUCCACGCCUCCCUCUCAAAGAUGUCGCACGACCCGCCUGCCGUCGCUCGUCUCACGCUUCCCGCCAUGCGUGAUCCGAGGAAGAACAAGACUGGGGAGGGCGGGAGAAGAGGGAGGAGUAGGAGCGAGGCGGCACAGGGUGUUGGAGAGGGGUGGAACGAGACGUGGAGGUUUACGGUGCAGAAGACGGGCGAGGCGAAGGGGUGUCUUGUUGAGGACCGCUGGAGGAAGGACGGCGACGACGACUCGGACACUAUUGUCCUUGAUGACUCGGACAGCGAUGCGUGA